GGAGGAGGAGGGCGGCCGCUUGCGCCCCUCUCGCUGCUCCUCCUGAGGCAGGCCUGGCCGGGCCAGGCCAGGACUGAACAAGCCCGUUUCCCCGGCCGGCGGACCGCUCUGCUUUUCUCCAGCCAAAAUUCAAUAGGCCCCGGAGCGGAUACCGGCGCUGGCGACGGAAGGCGCCGCUCGCGUGUUGGUGCUGCCGCUGCCGCCCUCUCCUCCCGCCAGACAGCCAUCGGAGGGUUCGCCUUGGCGCUCGAGAAGGGGGAAGAAAAAGAAGCUGGCCGGGGAGACCCGCCGAGAGUGGGAGAAUGAACCAUCAGCAGCAGCAGGCGGUGAAAAUGUCUGCUUGCCCGCCGCCGGAAUCUGGGGAAGGGCUCGCGACGGGGCGCCAGAGGAAGCUGGAGUCCAUGAUCCGGGAUCCCCGGUCUCCGGUCAAUGUGGAAAGUUUGCUGGAUAGUUUGAAUUCCUUAGUUCUUGAUCUGGACUAUCCGGCUCUGAGGAAGAACAAGAACAUAGACAACUUCUUAAACAGAUAUGAGAAAGUUGUGGAAAAAAUUCGUGCUCUACAGAUGAAAGCAGAAGACUACGAUGUUGUUAAAGUGAUUGGAAGAGGUGCAUUUGGUGAAGUACAGCUGGUUCGUCAUAAAACAACACAGAAGGCUUAUGCCAUGAAACUUCUUAGUAAAUUUGAAAUGCUCAAAAGGUCAGACUCUGCCUUUUUCUGGGAGGAGAGAGAUAUAAUGGCCUUUGCAAACAGUCCAUGGGUAGUUCAGCUUUUUAGUGCCUUUCAAGAUGACCGAUACCUAUACAUGGUAAUGGAAUACAUGCCAGGUGGAGAUCUUGUCAACCUCAUGAGCAAUUAUGAUGUGCCUGAGAAGUGGGCCAAAUUCUACACUGCAGAAGUCGUCCUUGCCCUUGAUGCAAUUCAUUCCUUGGGCUUGAUACAUAGAGAUGUAAAACCUGACAACAUGCUCUUGGAUAAAUAUGGACACCUGAAACUUGCAGAUUUUGGUACUUGUAUGAAAAUGGACGAAACAGGGAUGGUGCGUUGUGAUACAGCUGUGGGAACUCCAGACUACAUAUCACCUGAAGUAUUAAAGUCACAAGGCGGUGAUGGUUACUAUGGAAGGGAAUGUGACUGGUGGUCUGUAGGAGUUUUUCUGUUUGAGAUGCUGGUUGGAGAUACUCCUUUUUAUGCUGAUUCAUUGGUUGGAACAUACAGUAAAAUAAUGGAUCACAAAAACUCGUUGCAUUUCCCAGAAGAUGUGGAAAUCUCAAAGUAUGCGAAGGACCUUAUCUGUGCCUUUUUAACAGACAGGGAGGUGCGUCUGGGGAGGAAUGGAGUAGAAGAAAUUAAAUCGCAUCCGUUCUUUAAGAAUGAUCAAUGGGAUUGGGAUAACAUUCGAGACACUGCUGCUCCAGUUGUACCUGAGCUGAGUAGUGAUAUAGACAGUAGCAAUUUUGAUGACAUUGAAGAUGAUAAAGGAGAUGUUGAAACCUUUCCAGUCCCCAAAGCCUUUGUUGGAAACCAGUUGCCUUUCAUAGGAUUUACGUACUUUAGAGAAAAUCUGUUGCUAAGUGACUUUUCUGAGCUCUCUAGGGAAGUUGAACCCUGCAAGAAUGAUGGGGCUAGGAAGAACGAACCAAGGAAAAAUGAGGAUAUUGAAGAGUUUGCACAAUUUCAGGAAAAAGUAAGCAGAUUAGAAGACCAGCUUCGCAAUGAAAUUCAAGCCAAAGAUGAGCUCGAACAGAAAUGCAGAACCAUUAAUAAUCACCUAGAGAAGAUAAUAAAGGAAUUGGAUGAGGAGACAACCUCAAGAAAAAAUCUGGAAUCUGCUUUAAGACAAUUGGAAAGAGAGAAAGCUCUUAUUCAACAUAAAAAUGCAGAAUAUCAGCGGAAGGCAGAACAUGAGGCAGAUAAAAAACGCAAUCUAGAAAACGAUGUUAACAGUUUGAAGGACCAGCUUGAAGAGUUAAAAAAGAGAAACCAGAACUCCCAAAUAUCAAAUGAAAAAAUAAUUCAACUACAGAGACAGCUGGAUGAAGCCAACGCUUUACUACGCACAGAGUCUGAUACAGCAGCCAGGUUGAGAAAGAACCAAACAGAAAGUACAAAGCAGAUUCAGCAGUUGGAAGCUAAUAAUAGAGAAUUGCAAGAUAAAAACUGUGCACUGGAGAAUACAAAGAUCAGACUUGAAAAGGACUUCCUCAAUCUUCAGUCAGUUCUAGAAUCUGAAAGAAGAGAUCGAACUCAUGGGUCAGAGAUUAUCAGUGAUCUACAGGGUCGGGUAUCUAGUCUGGAAGAAGAAGUAAAGAAUGGGAAGAAUGCAUUAGCUAAACUUGAGACAGAGAAAAGACAGCUACAGGACAGGUUCACAGAACUGGAAAAGGAGAAGAACAACAUGGAAAUAGAUAUGACUUACAAGCUCAAAGUCAUGCAGCAGAACUUGGAGCAAGAAGAGGUUGAACACAAGGCAACAAAAGCUCGACUAGCAGACAAAAACAAAAUAUAUAAAUCCAUUGAGGAAGCCAAGUCUGAAGCCAUGAAGGAAAUGGAAAAGAAGCUUUCAGAGGAGAGAGUCUCAAAGCAAAAAGUAGAAAACUGCUUGUUGGAAGUGGAAAAGCGGUGUUCUAUGCUGGACUGUGAUCUAAAACAAUCACAGCAGAAAAUAAAUGAGCUGCUUAAGCAGAAAGAUAAACUCAGCGAGGAUGUUGAAAACUUGACAUUGAAAAUAGAACAGGAAACACAAAAGCGCUGCCUCACACAAAAUGACCUCAAGAUGCAAACACAGCAUGUUAAUGCAUUGAAAAUGACAGAAAAGCAACUAAAACAGGAAAAUAAUCAUCUUAUUGAAAUCAAGCUAAGUUUGGAAAAGCAAAAUAAUGAACUCCGCAAAGAACGACAAGAUGCUGAUGGACAGAUGAAGGAACUUCAAGACCAACUUGAAGCAGAACAGUAUUUUUCAACGCUGUAUAAAACACAAGUGCGGGAACUUAAAGAGGAGUGUGAAGAAAAAAACAAACUUUGUAAAGAAAUGCAACAAAAGAUACAAGAGUUACAAGAUGAGAGGGAUUCCUUGGCAGCACAACUUGAGAUCACGUUAACCAAAGCAGAUUCUGAACAGUUGGCUCGUUCUAUUGCUGAGGAGCAGUACUCUGAUUUGGAAAAGGAGAAGAUCAUGAAAGAGUUGGAGAUUAAAGAAAUGAUGGCUAGGCAUAAACAGGAACUUUCUGAAAAAGAUGCUACAAUAGGAUCACUGGAAGAAGCAAACAGGACACUAACUAGUGAUGUGGCUAAUCUUGCAAAUGAAAAGGAAGAACUGAAUAACAAACUUAAAGAAGUCCAAGAAAGACUUGCCCAACUUAAUGAGGAGGAAAAUGAUAUGGAACAGCUCAAGACUCAGUAUGAGAAACAGUUGGCUUAUGAAAGAACUAUGAAGACACAGGCUGUGAACAAGCUGGCUGAAGUAAUGAAUCGCAAGAAUCCAGUCCAACGAGGAGCUGAUACUGAUGUCCGAAGGAAAGAAAAGGAGAAUAAGAAAUUGCACAUGGAACUAAAAUCUGAACGCGAGAAAUUGACUUCAAUGAUGAUCAAGUAUCAAAGGGAGAUUAAUGAGAUGCAAGCUCAAAUAGCAGAUGAGAGCCAGAUACGAAUCGAGCUGCAGAUGGCCCUUGACAGCAAAGAUAGUGACAUCGAGCAGCUUCGCUCACAGCUCCAAUCACUACACCUUGGUCUAGACAGCAGCAGUAUAUGUGGUGGCCCUGGAGAAGCAGACGCAGAUGAUGGCUUCCCUGUUCGUAUCACUCAGUCCCACACUUCGGAGUCUAUGUCUUUUACCUACGAACGCUCUUCUACCUCUGUCAGUAUUGCUACUAAGCCUUCCAGUUCUCAUGUGUUUGUCAACUCUGAUUCUGACUCAGAGGAAGAACCACUGACUUCUGCACAAGCCCCUUCAGAACUUGACCAUUCAGAGUCAAGACUAGAAGGUUGGCUAUCUUUGCCUGCCCGAAACAACACGAAGAAAUUUGGAUGGGUCAAAAAGUAUGUAGUAGUAAGCAGCAAGAAGAUACUGUUCUACCACAAUGAGCAAGAUAAAGAACUAUCAAAUCCCUACAUGGUGUUAGACAUUGACAAACUAUUCCAUGUUCGGCCCGUUACACAAACAGAUGUAUACAGGGCAGAUUCUAAAGAUAUUCCCAGGAUUUUCCAGAUCCUGUAUGAUAAUGAAGGAGAAAGCAAAAAGGAGCAAGAAUUCCCUGUAGAAGCAGCAGGGGAGAAAUCAAAUUAUAUUUGCCACAAAGGACAUGAGUUCAUCCCCACCCUCUAUCACUUCCCAACCAAUUGUGAGGCUUGCAUGAAGCCUUUGUGGCACAUGUUCAAACCUCCCCCAGCACUGGAGUGCCGCCGCUGCCACAUCAAAUGCCAUAAAGACCAUAUGGAUAAAAAAGAAGAGAUCAUAGCACCUUGCAAAGUAAAUUAUGAUAUUUCAACUGCAAAGAAUCUACUACUAUUAGCAACUUCCACAGAGGAACAGCAAAAAUGGGUGAGCCGUUUGGGGAAAAAAAUUCCUAAAAAGCCUCCAGCACCAGACCCUUUUGCACGGUCUUCACCAAGAACUUCCAUGAAGGUACAGCCAAACCAGUCUAUCCGAAGACCAAGCAAACAGCUUCCUCCAAAUAAAAAGGAAGGCUUUCCUCCAAGAUUGAUUGAUGUGGCAUGUAGAGACUGGGAUUGGUCAUUUGAUGAUAUUGAUUUUGAUAUUGAUUUUCAUAUUGAUGCUGGGAACGAUAAUUAUCUUGAUGAUAGCGAUGAUGAUAACGAUGUGUUUGUUCUGAAGAGGUAAAUGAGUGAAUUUCCACAGGAGAAUGGAUUGGCUUUCUUGAAGUAAAGCAUGUUGUUUGGAUUUUUCCCAGUCAAUAAAGUGUGUGAACUUAAACUCCCCCAACAGUAAUUUUAUGACUUCAAGAAGAAAGUAUUAAACAUUUUAACAAUGCAUGCAUCUGAUUUUUGAAGUAUCUUGAAACUGUAGUUCUCAAAGUCCUUGCCUGUCUGUCUGUUAUAACAUGCUAUUCAAAGAUAUACUGCUAACUUUUCAGUUUUUUAAACGAUCUCUAUUUUGUUCAUCCUUUUGUGUGUAACUGCAGGCUCAGAUGUGGGCAAUAAAAUAUAUGUGUUGAAGUGUGGUACAAUUUGUUUUAGCUGGUCACUUGCAUAUUGCAUAUUUGAUGGAGCAGUGACUUGGCUUUCUAUGCAUUAGCGCACCUUUUAAAUAUUUUUAAUAAUUUGCUUAUAAUGUAAAUUGCUUUGCAGAUGCUUUAAAGUGCAAAUACUAGCAGCUGUUCUCAUAGUUUUCUAGGUAAACUCCUGUCACAUUUGACUGGUAGGGGAAAUGUUGAGAGUUCUAGUCAUCCUGCUCUUGCCAAUCAAAUAUGGCUUCUAGGCCCCAAGGUGGAUGUAAGAAAAUUCCCUUUUCCUCUGCCAGUUCACCAGUAAAGUCUGCUGACAUGUUACCUAUAUAGUUUCGUUUAGUUUUCUAAAUAUGAAAACAAAAGAAGUCCCCCAGCACUGUGCUUAGAGUGUUAGGGGAUGAGGCUGGGGGCAGUGUAGCUCAGUGCUGGAGCAUGUUCUUCGUACCUGAAGAUCUUCAGUUCAAUUUUCAGAAUGUUCAGGUAGGGCUAAAAAGGGAACCUUGGCGAGCCAGUGACUUUCAGUGACAACAGUACUGGGCUAGGUGCAUGAAAGGUCUGAAUCGGAGGCCCUGUUCACAUGAAAUGAGAAAUGACUGUGGGCAAGCUUCUUCACUGGGUUUCUAGCUGAGGUAGCCACCACCAUUUUGAACAUUCAACACAUCAUGGGGCACUCUGUAGGUGUCACUGCAUGCAAACUGGAGAGGGGUGGCUGCUCAGGUGGUUGGCGAGCUAUCUAGAAGUCACGGGCAGCUGUAGGCAGCUUGUUGAAGGUAGUGUGCCAACCAUCCUGUCCUGCCUAGUUCACAUGUAGUGAUAAGCCACGUUGUGCCACUGCCAUGGCUCAAAUAUUCAGAACUGUGGCACCCUGCAACUGGAGAGGGUACCAGCUCCUGUGGUGGCUACUUGUUACAUGCAAGCCAGAUCCACACAGGGCACCAGUCCUUGUUCAUCCAGGCAUCACUUGAAAUCAAAGGGAAGUAGCUGCUCUUUGUUUCAAUAGGGGAAGGAAGCCCUUCUGCCAAGACUGGCAUGCAGUGCCACUCGCCUGGUAAUCUGUCUCAGGGUGGGUUUUGGGAGAAGAAAGCAUCUAGAGAUUUCCCCCGCACUGCUUUUGGCUUGGUUUCUGUUUUGGGGCCUGCUGGCCAUGGAAUGAAUGCCAUUGCUUUUGAGCAAACCAGAUAGCAUUUACCGAUCAAAUCUUUUUCUUUUCUUUUUUCCAGCUAACUGCCUUCUGUGAAUGCAGUCACUGUUGAACGUGAUUUUCUUCUCAUUGAAAUAAGACUGAAACAUCGUAUCCCAAAAUUUAUGAAAAAUAUAUAUAUAUGUUCUUGAAAGACAGUUAUAUAAAAUAUAUAUAUCAGAAGUUUACAGGGAGGUGUGUGUUUUUUGCUGCAAUACGAUUUACUAAUAAUUCCUGUGUGUUUUUUUAAAAUGUAACCCCUCUGGAUGAUUGAUCAAAUUAGGAACAGUUGGUAAUAGUACAGGAUACUCUUAAUUUCAAUUCUGCAAAAUCCUGUCUUGGAAAGACUCACACUACAUUUCACAAAAGAAUCAAGGCACAGGGAAUGUGAAGAAUCUAUCCUUUGUUCAGCUUUUGUAGAGAAAUGCCACCAGCAGGUUUUCCUGAAGAACGGGUGUGGAGCUUGGGGUGGGUUGGGAAGGGUCUGUCACACUGAUGAAGACUGCAUCUUUAAAAGUGACCAUUAUACUGUGUGUGUAUGUGUUUUGGUAUGUAAAUAUGUAUAUUGUACUGUACUGCUGCAAGAGGGUUUUUUUAAAAAAAACUUUCCACUUUAUUUUUUAUACAUCCUUGUCAUAUACCAUUAUCUGGAGUUGCAACUAUGCACUUGUAUAAAGCCAUACUGUUGAAGUUUUAUCAUUCAUACUCGUAUAUCAAAAGCUGCAUGUCUGUGCUCAGCAGCUAGUAUAAUGAGAAGGUCAGAGUAUAUACUCAUUUCUGUUACUAAUUUCAUGGGCAGUUCUGUGUUACUGGUCUUGAAUGCCUUAAAUUAAUUUUGUUCCCUUAAAGUCUAUGCCCAGUCUAGAUAUUUAAGAAGGGAGGGGGAAAGGAUGCAGAGGUUUACCAGCUCUUAGGAUGCAAUUUUGCUUUGUGGCAGAACAAAUAUAGUGCACUAUGUUUACAUAUAUAGUUUAUAUCAAUGUCAGUCUAUUCUGAAUGUAUAUCUAAUGGGUUUGGAAGUGGGAGGGGAGGGGUCAGCUGAGUACUGAUUUCAGAAACAUGAACUGUAGUAUUAGAACUAAUAUAUAGCUUGUAUGCAUAGGCAUAAUUUUCAUUCAGCCAUUUGUACAAACCUCAAUAUUAGUGAUUCACUUUAUAUUACCCUUACUAAGUGCUACAAAACUUCAUUCUGCCUUUUCUUUUUGCAUACUAUCCUAGGUGUGUUUAUUUCUGAAAAAUACCUAUAAUUCUUUUUACAUUUUCACCGCACAAUAUCUAGGGACUGUCACAAACCUCUUAAUGACUGAAACAUACUGUAGGUGUAUUUUAAACUUUUUGAAUCCUGUUCCCUUAGCACAUAGCUUUAGGAAUAGGAAUAUAAUUUCAGUGGUGUGUGUUUGAGAACAUAUAGGAGGAAAAGGCUUUGGAGGCACUUAAUCUGGUUUUUUAAAUUUUUAAAUUUUGUACAAAUAUAAUUCAUGUGAGUUCAUUCAUGCCAUGUCCAUAAUUUAUCCCAGAAAAUGCAUGUUUUAUACAGCUGCAGUAUGCUAUAAUGUUAAACAUGAUGGCAGUAAAAAAGAAAAGAAAUCUCGUA